AUGAAAGCAUGUGUUGUUGGAGGAGGGCCUGCAGGAUUAUAUGCUGCAAAAUUCCUUAUUGAACGAGGUAUUAACACUACGCUGUAUGAAAAAGAGACUGAGGUUGGUGGACUUUAUAGAUACUCGUUGUUGCCUGUAUCUAAGAUGGCACCGUUUGCAAGACUUUUGAAAGAUCCGAACUUUGAGAUGAAGCUGAAUUGUCCUGUAGAUGCUGAGCUUCUUGGACAGCUUGAGAAUGGCUUUGAUGUUUUUGUGAUUGCCACAGGAGCAGGAGGUCCGAGAAUACCUGAUAUUUCAGGAGCAGAGCAUUGCAUAAAUGGACUUGAUGUGAUUAAGUCUUUCUGGAAUGGAGAUGAUGUAAGGCAUCAGUUUAGUAAUAAUGUACUUGUGAUUGGGAUGGGAAAUGUGUCAAUGGAUGUUGUAAAAGUUAUUUUUGGAUCUGCAAGCAAGCAGUCAGGGCAUAAGAUUGAUUCAUGUAUUAACACAAAUAAUAAUAUUGAUGCGAAUACAAAGAAUAUCACAAUCAUAUCUCGAGGCAAUGCAUACAACGGUGCUUUUUCAAAUUCAGAGCUUAGGAGUGUACUUGAAAUUGAUGAUCUUCAGAUUGUAUGCUCGGAAGGAAAUAAUAGCAGUCUUAGUGAACAAAAUAGAUUACAGGUUUUAGGAGUCAAAAGAGUAUUAGAAUGGAUCAAAUGCAUAAAAGAAAAGAUAUUCAAAGAUACGGAUCAUAAAUGGUGGGAAAGAAGAAAGAAAAUGCUUACAGAGAGUAGAGAUGGAAGCAGGAAGCUUCAUAUGAGAUUCAACACAAUGAUUAAAUCAAUAACAAAGGAUGAAGGAAAGUACCGGGUGGCACUUGAAAGAGAUGGAGUGGAAUCUAAUGAGAUUUUUGACUCAGUAAUAUGCUGCAUGGGUUUUGAGAAUGCACGGACACACAAGAUGAUGAUUAAGAAGCCGAUGUUCCAUGUUGGGUGGGCAAAACAUCCAAGAGGGAAUGUUGAUGGAGUGAAGAGAGAUGCGCAUUUUACAGUGAUGCAAAUUGAUCAGAUGAAUAUGAAUGGUCAUGAAAGAGAGUAG